AUGGAAAGUGUUUUUGAAAAAUUUUCAGUUGAUUUAGAAAAAGAGUUUCAAAUUCGUGAACAAAUUAAAGAUAUCGUCAAAAAUAUCGAGCCUGUAGAAAGAAAACUUUCAACUUUAGUUCAACAAUAUCACUCCGUUUCAUGCACUACAACAUAUCAACACUUAUUAACCGAAAUUGAGCCAUUAAAAAUCCAAAUCGAUCAAUUAAAAUCAUUAAUUAAACCAGAACUUUAUUUCAAAUAUAGAGAAUAUUGGAAAUUUUCACUUACCAAUAUCUCAUUCUCUUUAUUAUUUUCAUAUUGGAUAGAAAAGAAACAAUUAUUAAAAAUUGAAGAGCUUCAAUCAUUAUUAAAUCUCGAAGAAAAUAAACCAGGUGCAUUCUCACUCGAAUUAGAAGAUUAUUUAAUUGCUUUAUGUAACCUUUCAAAUGAAUUAAGCAGAUAUUGUUUAAAUUGUGUUAUUAGACAAGAUUACGAAACCCCAAGUGCCAUUUCCAAAUUUGAAUCCGAUUUAUUUGCUGGUUUUAGAUUAUUAAAUCUUAAAAAUGAUAUUGUUAGAAAGAGAUACGAUUCCAUGAAAUACGAUUUAAAGAGAAUAGAAGAAGUUGUAUAUGAUAUCUCUGUUAGAGGUUUAAAGAAAUAA